UUUUGAGGGGCUUACGGGGGUAAUGGCGACAGAUCCAGCUGCGACGCUGCUGUGCGAGUUUCUGGAAGCCGCCGUCCAUCUACUGCUCUCGAUUCGUGGAUUAUACUCUCCAGAAGUUUUCGAGCGGCGGCGCUACAUGAAUUGUCUCAUUCACUGGGCUCGCCAUCCCGGGCUUCAGCAAUACAUCCAUGACGUUGUGUAUAGUUUGCACACUUGGAUCACACAGGGUGUCGUCGACAAAAUAGCUCUCGUGGUGCAUAAUAAGGAGAACGUAGCAGUGGAAAAGUUCAUCUUUAAACUGCAAGUGGAUCUUUCUUUCGAGGGGGAGUUUCGGUUAAAUGACUUGGAGCCGGAUCUGCGAGCGUUUUUUAUGAAGAUUGGCGCUUCUCGUCAUUUGUUGCUACCUCUACCUCCAGAUUGCUCUUGGGAGCUAGUUGCGUAUUCAAAGCAGAUGCAAACUACUGAAAGCAGCGGUGAUCUUGCCUGGAUUCCCACGGAAAUUGGGGCUUGGGCGCAUCCACCCCUCAUCACGCCCAUCAAAUCGAUGAAAAGUCAGUUUCUCAACGUACAACUCUAUGUAGAACAACCGAAAGUGUGAGCGGAAUACUUCUACACAAGCUCCUUUAACUCGCGACACGUUGUAGUCAUGAACAGAAACAACAGCUGCUUAGGAUGGUGCCUUGACUUUCUUGUCAACACGCAAGGAAGUCGAAGAACAAGCUGAAGCAAUGGCGCUUCGUAUCCAAGGCUGGAACCCGGCGGCUCACUUUCCCGUGAAGAGCCAUCUUGCGAGAUUUCAACGAAGCAAAAAAUUGUUUCUCCCGUGCGAGAAGAGGGAAAAAUCCCCGCAAGAGUACCUCAAACAGGUGGAUCGUGUUAUAAGGAUCACAUUCCAGGAGCCUGCUCGUGCGCAGCACAUUGAAGGAUCACUCUGGCGAGCUCGGUUGAUAACUGUUUCAGUUUUUUCUAUGUCAGCUACACCCGUCUGUGAUUUCAAGGUGGAUUUUGACGAAGCCUUGCAACUUCUUAAGAUCCAGUCGCAACAGUUGUACGUCAAGCUCCAUGGAGGCCCCGAUCUCGACAUAAACUUCUCGCUUCAAGGAGAGCUCCGCGUAGUAAAACAGCGCCAAAGGUAUGGAGCUUUACUUCCCAGGACAGAUGAAGGAGAAGAGCCACAUUCUUUUGAGGGAUUUCUAACACUGGCUCUGGCGAUUGACUUGCCGUCGAUCCUCCCGCAUCAAGCAGUGAAGCUCGCCGGCGAUGUGGCAAUGGAGACAAUCCUGGCAAGCCUGGAGCGAGAUCUAUCCAAAGGAAUCGUCCAAGACUAUAACUCUUGGUGCCACGAAGAAGAUGAUGUAAUAAGAAAGCUUUAACCGCCAAUAAACCCGGUACCGCAUCUGACA